GCGCAUUAUAAAUAUAACCGUAUUUUAGUUCCAACAGUGGCGUUUUCGUCUGGACAACAGAAGGCAACACCCCCAAUGAUGAAUUCCGUCCUCCAGUAUGUGCAUAACAUCGACACUUACACAUGGUUGGCGUUAAUCUUUGGUUUUUUAGUGCUCAUCUAUUGGCAAGGUUUGCGCCGAUAUAACUCGAUUCUUGGCGGUUCUCCACUCCCGGGUCCAAAACCGUGGCCCUGGAUCGGUAAUCUCCUCGAUAUUUUCAAAUAUGGCGGCAUUCACAAGAUGUUCCUUAACUACUUCUACAAGUACGGACGAGUAUACAAGUCAUGCUUUGGUCGCUCACCGAUUAUUGUAGUCACCGAUCCCGAAAUUGUCAAGCAAAUUUUGGUCAAGGAUUUCCACAAGUUCCCAAAUCGACCGACUUUCAUCAAACUCAGACCACCUCUGAACUCGGGAUUGUCCGUCGCUGAGGGAAAGACGUGGAAGCGCUUAAGAACGACUUUAACUCCUACCUUUACCGCCAAUAAACUGAAACAGAUUGUGCCGAUAAUAGAAAAUGCCUCGGAUAAGCUUCAUGCCAAAAUGGAAAAGUUUUCCGAAACGGGUAAGCAGCCGUAA